CCCGGAAGCUGUCAUCGCGAGAAGGCGUGUUUCCGGAAGACGUGGCUGUUGCUGCAGUGGCAGCUGUCAUCAGAGCGACUGGAGGAGCUGCACUCCACACAAAACCCUCUUCUCCACUCCUCUGUCAUCCCUAGCUGUUUGAUUCGUCGCCAAAAUGAUUUCCCUGACGGACUCCCAAAAGAUUGGGAUGGGAUUAACAGGCUUCGGCGUGUUUUUCCUCUUCUUUGGGAUGAUCCUAUUCUUCGACAAAGCCCUCCUGGCCAUUGGAAACAUCCUGUUUGUAGCCGGACUCGCCUUUGUCAUCGGGCUGGAGAGGACAUUCCGCUUCUUCUUCCAGAAACACAAGAUAAAGGCCACCAGCUUCUUCCUGGGAGGCGUGUUUGUGGUGCUGAUAGGCUGGCCCAUCAUCGGAGUGCUGCUGGAGAUCUACGGCUUUUUCCUCUUAUUCAGGGGUUUCUUCCCUGUAGUAAUAGGCUUCAUCAGAAGAAUACCUGUCCUCGGCUCGAUUCUAAACCUCCCGUUCAUCAGUGCAUACGUGGACAAAGUGGGCGAGAGCAACACGAUGGUAUAACAAUUACUUUUUGUAUCCAGAGGUCUGUUUGAAUAUGGUAGUUUUUAUAAAGCAACACAAUCUCCCAUUGGCCAAUGGCUGAUUGACCGCAGUUAAGGUUAUACGUUAAGAUUACUCCCCCCCUGCGGCAGACAAAAGACUGCUUUCUAUGUAUCUGUAAUUGGACUGGUCAACUCUACCAAUCAAAGGGUCAUCAGAGCCUCGUACCGCAGGAGACUGUCACUACAGGAUGGAGCCGCCCAGGUCACUCUCAGAUGUCAUUGAUCUCUUCACCGCCGAAUGCAUCUCGCAUGAAAACGGAGGACUCGCCCCAAAGCACCGUGGACUCUCUCCAAGUGGCUUUCGUCCUCUGUGGAAUUACACAAAACACUCCUGAGCGCUCGCAGGGAGAGGAAGUGGACAGAGAGCUUGUUUUGUUGUCACAUUAUCGUGCCUGUGCUUUAACUUUAUUUGGACAAAAGCCUUCUAUUCCUAUAUUUGUGUCUCUUUGUAGUCAUUUUAUGGUGAUUUUUUUUCUCUCGCGGCUGUUUGAAUGCUCGGUGUGGCAGUUGCCAUUUUUUUCCCUACUGUUACAGUAGCUGCCAUUUCUGUGUAAGAUUGGCUAAUGAUUACUUAAGAAUGUUUUUUUUAUGAUCAGUGCUUGACUUCCUGUAUCAUACGUUGUUAAAGGGGAACACUAUUCAAUUUGAAGAAUUCAAACUCAAAGUUAUUCCUAUAUGGUUUAGGACACUCCAAUCAGUAUUUCUUAAAAGAACCAACUCUCUUUUGCAAACCUGAGAACAAAGAUUCAAACCUGUAUUGUCAUCACCAUCUAAAAUGUGGAGCUGCUCCACUGACAAUGAAUAUGGGUCAUAUGGAUUUUUUUUUUUUUUUUUUUUUUUUGUGAAUUUAGAGGCUUUAUAUGUAAGAGAGCUUUAUUCUAUAAAAGUGCCAUCAUAACUGAACCAGAACAUGCACCCAUAUGCCAAGAGAGUCCCUUUAGGUGCUCGUAUAGUCUCUCCUUAACCCUUUGUCCUUAUUCAUUCAUUCAUUCAUUUAUUUAUUCAUCAGUCAUCUCCAAAUUCUAUUUUUAAGGACAUCGCAGGAUCAUGUUCUCUGGAUUCAGGGUUUGGAAGAGAGUUCCUAAUCACUCUGCACCACAGGAGUGGAAUAAAUGAAUUUUAAAUUGUCGGGUCUUUCUGUUUAAGGCAUAGAAAUUUCUGAACGGUUUCAUGUGAGAUGACAAUGUUUUGCUGUAUGGCACUUUUGUAAAUAUACAAUGAAAAUUA